GUCUGCUUCUAUGGAAACGCGGCGGGAAUCAUGGGAAUUCUGCUCGAUGCUUGGAAAACCGGAAGUGGAGGGAGAUUCGAAACACAGCGGAUUACAGACGCGGGAUGUGCUUAUUAAAACCAUGGCGUGAUGGAAAGCUCAAACUUGUUUGGAACAAGAAAAGAGUGAGUAAAUGUCUGUCUGUCUAUCAUCUGAAUGCAGCAGGACAGAGAGCGUCUGGACGUCCUCCCAAACUCACCAGAAGUGCCAAGAAUGGAAGUGAAGCUGGAGGUUUUGCUGUCGUCCAGCAUCAAGCGCAGGAAGCCGUGGCCCAGAUUCUGCUGGCUGGGCAGAGAAAAGGAAGGUGUUUUUCUUUUAGAUGACAAUCGGAUCAGUGAAAUCCAUUUGUCAUCAGGACGGACCAAAAAGAAGAUCUCCAAACUCCAGCCGCUGCUGCAGAGGGUGGUGACCAUGUCAGCAUCUCAGAACGGCAUGUGGCUGGUGGGUCUGCUGGUCUCUGGUGAACUCUUCCUGUGGAAUAAAGACAAGGAUUUAUUGAAGACGGUCUCCGCUGUUCCUGAAGUUCAGCAGCUGCUUUCUGACAUCAAAGCCUCAGUGUCUCCAGUUCCUCUUUCUCUGCUGGUUUCGGAGUCUGCUCAGAGAGUGGUGCUGGCCGCUCUUACAGGUCAGGUGUUCCUCUGGGAGUGUUCAGCAGUUCAGGACCUGACCGGGCCACGGGACGGGAUCAUCGCAGGCCGCUGGAGUCAGAUAUCCUGCCAGGAAAACACUCCGCUGCCCUCCACAGCAGACAAAGAGGCUUCCCUUCACUGUGUGUUUGUGAAGAGCCAGGCUGUUGGUGACGUGUGUCUGAGCACAUUCGUCUUCACUGCUGAAGCGCAGCUCAUCGUCACCUUCCUGAAGAUCCAGUGGGACUCAACAUGGGACAGCAAACUUAGUUCCGCAGGUUUCCGAGUGGACUGGAUCUCGAAGAGUUACCCGCUGAACCAGCUCCAGCCUCCGUGUAAACCGGUGAAGUCCAGAGGUGCUCUGGUCCCAGCGUUUUCUCCAGACGGUCAGCUGCUGGCAGUAGUGCUGAACCAGAGAGACCCCAGGGCUACUCAGGUGUUGUUCAUCAGCACGCUGAACUUUGUGACCGUGUCCAGUCUGUUAGGAGGAUGCGGCAUGAAGGUGCUCAGUAUACCAGCUAAAUAUUGUCAGCUCCUCCAGCUGUCAGACUCCAACAGGAGGACUAGAGGAUCAUGGGUAACUCCCACCCUCCACACCUUCAGGACUCUGCUGGGCUUUCUACCAUUGGACGCCUACCGUUCCUGUCUGAAUAUCGCAGUGGAGCUCUGCAAGUGUUUCGUAGAGAUAUUCCUCCCGAUUUCUGCAGCCGUUUCCUCACAGAGCUUCAGCGCGGCUCUGUUAGUCCUUCAGCAAGCGUCUCGGAGUCUUAACCAGACCUACAGCCUCCCGCCGAGAGCAGUGCAUUAUGGGGAGGACGACCAGCUGACGUAUUCAUCUGAUAUGUUUUCAGUUCCAGUGUUACAGGAUGAUACUGAUGCAGGGAUGCCGCCACAGACAGCACCUUCCAAAAGAUUGGUGGUCAUUUGGCGUGAGGUCUACAGACAGGCUUUGGGCUAUCAGGAAGAGUUACGUCACAGCAGAAGUCAAGCUGGUGGAAAAGGCGAGAUGGAGAAGAUGUCGGUGAUCAUACCUCAAAUCCAGCAGGCUUUACAGACAGCUGGAGAGCAUCUGGAGGAGAGCCACACGCUGCGCAGUUUCACCGCUGAACAGCACUUCAUUUUAGGAGAAUAUUCAGAGAGUGUUCGGGUGUGGAGGAAUCAACUGUGGGCUGAGAGAGAGAGAGCAGGCCCAAUGGCGUGUUAUCUAGAGACGCGCUGCUGUCUGGCUCUCCUCUAUGCUCAGCUGUUUCAGUAUCACCUGCGGGACGCUCAGACUCUGUGUGACCGUCUGGCUCUGCUGCUUCAUCCACAGACUGGAUCAGAGGACCAGCAGAGAGCAGACGAUGAGCUGGUGUUGGACGCUGUGGGUCCGGUGGGUCGUGAAGCGGCCUGCGCUGUGGUUCAGUCUCUGGCCAGGUUCAUGGCUGCGUAUUUCACCAACCAGCCGCUCUUCAUCCUCCCGCCUCACAAUGUAGAUGUGCUGCCGCCGCUGCAUUUACCACACCCGGCUGCUGCUCGUAUUGUGGAGCUGUCCCAGAGCCGCGUGUCGAUGUCGCUGCGCUCAGAUCAGCUGUCGGAGGUCUGGACGGUGGAUUACGCUCUGGAGCUGCUCCUGCUCGGUGGCCUGAUGCCUGAGGCUGUGUGGAUGGCACAGCGUCUGGGAGACUGGAAGAUGGCUGCCUCCCUCGGCCUGGCCUACAGCAGAUACUGCAGCGGUCGGCUGGACUUCAGCAGGCUGCAGUGGAGGGAGCUGCAUCUUCCUUCAGAGCUGAAGCCUGCUGAGAUCUUCCAGGAGCAGCUGGAGGUCCUGCUGAGUCCAGCGCUGGAGCCCGAAGGAGAGACGCACGCUGACACUGCAGAUGUUGAGGAUGUGGAUGUUCUGCAGGCCUCGGUGCAGGAGAUCCUGAAGGCAUCUGUCAUGGCAGAGCUGGACGUUCUCUCUCAGCCUCUCACACGUCUGCUGGACGCGGCCAAAGAAAGAGCGACGUCACUUCCUGCGCUAGUUCCUGCUGUCUUCUACCUGCCUGCUCCUCCUCUGUACUGUCCACAGCCGUCAGCAAACACACAGGACUAUAUAGUAGACGCUGCUCUGCUUCAGGAAAGAGCGUGUCGCUCUCAGGUGUCUGCUCUCCUUCAGAAGCUCCUGCUGCUCUUCAGGGCGUCCCACAGCUCUCGUCCCGCAGCGCAGUGGUACAUCAGCAGCCUGAAACACAGCAGACAUACACUCAACAAGAUCCAGAAAAGAGCAUCUGUGCCUAAAGCUGAGCUGAUUCCUGACAGACUGAAAAGGUUUUCCACCCAUGAUGGCUUCUUCCAAUCAGGACGCAGCAAAGACCUGGAUAGUGUGACUCUGCAGAUCAUUACGUGUUUCCGUCAGCUGUGUGCGCUCUGCUGGAUGCUGCACGUCAGAGACCAGCUCAGCGUUUCCUGUAGAAAAUACCAGAGUGCGAGAAAUCAGGAGAAAAGCACUCAGGCGAGUGCUGGGAGUGUGUCAGAUCUGUGUGUGGAGGCUCUCUGCUGGGCUCGUCGGCUCCUACCCUUCUGCCGCUUCCUGAACGCAGAGGAAACCCUGCAGGAUUUAGUGCUCAGCCUGCUGUCUGAACUCACACCCAGCCGUCUGACAGCAGAAACUCUGGCGAGAGUGUUUCCUGAUGAGCUGGAGUCUGUACGUGUGCCGCUGCGGGAGAAAUACACUUCACUGCUGCAGAGACUGAGGCCUGUGAUGGUGCCAGAAAACACGGCCACACCAGAUGAAGACGGUGAAAGCGUGAUGGUUGUGGUCCAGGACGAGCUGCGUCGGCGUCGGCGGGAGCUCCAGCGGCGGGAGAAAAGCGUGUGCGCUGCGGAGCCGUACCUGUGGGAGAGAGAUGAGGAGGAGGACAGAGGAGCUGCUGGCGUCUCAAUACUGCACAGACUCUCAUUAGGGACUAGUCUGAGUGACAGCACACUGACCGACUGUGGACGGCCACUAGUGUACAGUGAAGGAGACACAGCCGACUCACUGUCUGAGCCUCUGACCCCACAGCAGAACAGCAACACUGCACACAGCAAAUCAAAGCUUCACGAUGCGCCUGAGAAAUCGACACCGCACAGAAAAGGAAAGAGAUCAUGCUCGAUUGAACCCAAUGAAUCAAAACCAAGAGCGCCAACUGUGGGAUGCUGGGACUUUGAGCUGGAAGACGACGAGUUCCUGCUCUUCUUAGAUUUAUUUCUCAGUUACGUUCUGGAGAAGGACAGACUGGAGACGGAGGAGUUUCCUUUACUGAGCAGUUUCUGCCAGCCGCUGCGCUCUCAAGAGCUGCACUCGGUGAACUUCGACAUGCUGACCGCUCUCAGACGCCGACAAAGAGACGGACGCAAGACAAACACACAUUUACCUCUGUUUCGGGUAGGACGCUGCUUUCAGACUGUCCUGAUCACUCCUGAACAUCCGCAAUCUGACGCUCGCACAGCUACAAACACCGCUGGUCCUCUUGGGAAACAUCAGGGUUUGUUUAGUCUUCGUCAGCAGGCUGCAUUAAUUCCCAAAGGGAAUCUCUCAGACAUCAAGAUUGUUCCUCAGGCUGAAGUGGAUGUUCAGGUGGAGCUGGACUCUUCUCUGGAAAGCAGAUUUCCUGAUCUGGCUCGUCUGCUGGAGUGGAUGAUGCGCUGGGCCGAGCGGCGGGUCCUGGUUAGGAAGCCCACAGAGGGACGGGGUUUAGUGGUCAUGAGGGUCAGAGCUUCGAGUCCUGCAGUGCUGACUGCACUGGAGCUGCUGGAGAGGAGAUACAGCACCGCCCUGCUGGGAGAAAACACUCAUCACACACACUCUACACUUCGCUCUGAACUCCAUCAGAGGGAGGAGUCUGAUGCUCCAGUGCUGCCGUCAAUCACAGACUUGAGGCGGAGCCAAGAGAGCAACCUGGAGACCAGUGACCCAAGCUCAGCAGAGAUGCCAAUAACACACCAGCACAGCCAGAGCCAAGAUGUGGAUGAAGCUGAGGAUGUGGAUGAGACAGAAGAUCAUCUGUUUGAACACGAGGACACACUGAUCUCUGAUCAGCAAAGUAACAUCACUGAGAUCCGAGGAGACGUCAGACACACGACCGAACUAGGUGAGAGCAGUGUUGAUGAUGUCACUGAGGUAUCAUGGGCCAAUCAGAGCAGAGCGCACAGAGAACAGGCAUUAACCAUGGCGGAUCUGGAGAGUCAGGACUUAGAAGAACAUUCACUAUCUGAAGCUGAUGAUCAGGUAUCUUCUGGAGCACCCAGAUGUGAGGUUUCUGAAUCUGAACCAUCACGGAUGAGGAAAGCGGUGCAGACUCAUAGCAGUGCUCGUCCUGAAGCUCACAGUGAAGCGCAGAGCGACGGCGUCCGGCAGCUUUUGCAGGACGAGCUCUUCAGACUGGUGCAGCUCCAGCAAAUCAAUUUCAUGAGCCUCAUGCAGGUUGUUGGAGCGUCUUUCGCAAAUCUGCCACUGCCUCAAGCAAACCUGCAUCAGCCUGGUGGGAUUCCACCACAGAGCACUGCCAUACCUGAGCAGCACAGAUCGGUUACCCAGAAUACCCAGCACAGCAUACAAGACGACACCAAUCAGCCAACACAAGCCUGCAGGCCUGACAGGGUUGGUAACCGCCAGGAUAAUGACCAGCGGGCUGAGAUGGAGCAGAGAAACCCACCCCUCAAAGCUCAGAUGGAAAUCGAGCAGUUGACCAUUCGCUCAGACUGGCCAGAGGACGCUCAAACCAACAGCAGGAGUUUCAUCCCGACAUCCCAAGGGCUUCUGACCACAGCUGAUCAUCAGGCGUCUAGUAGCAACAGAGUCUCUGAAGGCCAGCCGAGAGCUGCUCCACACGCCCAUGGACUCCGACUCCUGCAGCUCCAUCCUCCCCAAACUCUCCUGCCCAGAUCUGUUGCACCUCCUCCUACACAUCAUGCUCCUAUUCCUCAUGCUCCUCGCUCUACUUAUGCUCCUCCCCCUGUUCAUGCCACUCCGUCUUAUGCUCCACCUCCUUCUCAUGCUCCUCCCUCUUCUCAUGCUCCUCCUCCUCCCCAUCAUGCUCCACCUUCUUUGCAUGUUCCGCCUCCUUCUCAUGAUCCUCCUUCUUCUCAUGCUCCUCCUCCUCCUCCCCAUCAUGCUCCACCUUCUCUGCAUGCUCCUCCCCUUCAUUCUCCACCUUCUCUGCUUGCUCCUCCUUAUCAUGCUCCUCCUUCACAUUCUCAUGCUCCGCCUCUUUCCCAUGCCCCUCCUCCACAUGCUCCACCUCCUCCUCAUCUCCCAGUGAAGCAGGCCUGGGGUCAGUCUGGAUCUGCCUUUAGAGUGGAUUAUUCAGCAGCUCCUCCAUCACAUCUUCUCCCUCAGAGGACUGCAGGAGCUCCUGAAACACGUUUGCCUCCUGCUGCUCUCAGAUCAGCUCCUGUCAGCCUUCCUCUGCUCAGAUUUCAUCCUGAUGCCCAGAGAUCUGUCACGCUGCCUCAUAUCCCACAAACCCCUGCGCAGAAACCACCCAGUCUGAGCCUCACUGCAGGAAAUCACUACUAUCCCAGAAUUCAGCUGCUGCGCCGAGAGCCUGAUCCGCCUUGUUUGAGGUUCAGCUCUGCUCCGGUACAAACCCCUCGCCUCAUCCCAUUGGAGGAUCUGCUGAGGUGGAGCUCAGUGAAGCAAACCAGAGCAGAGCCCAAACUACAGCUGAUCAAGACUGAACCCAUGCCGCAGAACCAGAGCUCAAGCAGCCCUUCCAGCAAGAGAAAAAAGAGGAGAGAGGAGAAAAACCAGGAGCAGAAGCCUGUAGUCACCUUCAGACCCGAGGACUCCAUCAUUCCUCCAGAUGAGCCUGCAGAAGAUGAGCCAGAUCGGGAUGAUGGACACACCAUUCCUUUAGACAUUUGGACUAAAAACCAGACAAAAAAGCCAAGUGUGUGUGACUCUGAGUUGAGCGGACAGCCGUUGUUGGAUAAAGCUUACGUGACGUCAGCUGAGCUCCACGCGUUUGCUUCGACACAGAAAAGACCUGCAGAGAUCCAGGACGCCUCCACAAACACUGAAGCAGAUCCGCCUCGCUCCAUCAAAGAUAAAGCCAUUUCUGUCCAGUUUCCUCCAUCUCCCAGCAUGCCAUCUGCUCCUGAAGGACGACUGCUCGACGGUGCUCCAGUUGUUCCUCUAGACAUCUUCAUGAGCCUUCGCUACGCUAAAGACAAUUCACCAGACCAAGCAGAGAACGGCCGCCAUCCCACCGCAGAGUCAAACACAGAUCAUGUAGGAGUCACUGCGAGUUCUGAGGGUCGGAGGUUCAUCAAUGUGGUGGAUCUGACAGACGAGUCUUUACUAGAGAAUCUGCCUCAGUCACCGCCCACAUCUGCUCAGCUACACCUACUGGCCGCUUCUGUUGUAAACCACGCCCCUAAGCCCACCCCAGACACGCCUGAAGAGAUUCCAGAGUCCGCAGUAAUGUGCACGUCUCCUGAAGCUGUUCUCAGUGGAGACCCCGUGACUCUGAGUGUCCUGGCUGGCGUCCGAGCUUCCCGGGACUCUCUGGAGCAGGUAAUGACUGGCGUUCGGGCUCCCCAGGACCCCCUGGAGCAGAUAAUGAUGUCCCGGAGUCAGAUCUCAGCGCGGCUCUCAGAAAUGGACAAUCAGCUGCUCAGACUGCAGAGCAUCGCUGACCACAUGGACAAAGAGUUUGCUGAUACCCGACUGCUGGUGAACCGCAUUGAGACACACAGUCCCUCACUGAUGGCCAGUGUGGAGAAGAAUCCUCCGUCCAGCUCCCUCAGAGUCAUACAAGAAGUGAGGAGUUUUUGUUCAGCUUCAGCUCAUCAUUCUGGAGCGACGGCAGAGCCCCAGAGAGGAGACCAGGAGCUUCGGUCUUCACCUGAACUGAGAUCAGUCCAUCACCUGCGCUCUCCUCCUACAGUGAAACCAGAGCAGUGUGAGCAAGAUACUAAUCAAAAUUUGAUGGCGUCUUUGCUGGAGGAUCCUAGGAGAGCAGCAGACGAGACUCUCGGCGUGAGCGGCCUCAGUGAUGUCCAAGACAUUCUGAGCGAGUUAAUCAGAGACGGGGCUUUAUCUCGCUCAGUGCUGAAUCUGUCCCGCUCAGAGACGCUUCGUCCGAGCAGGUCUGGAGUCAGGAUGGAGGAUCAGCGCAGGGAUGUGAGGAUGUGGAUGAGGAGGAAACAGAGAGAGCGGUUGAGCGAGUACCGCAAACAGAGAGAAGAAAAGAGAGAGAGAGAACGAAGACCCUUCGUCUCUCCUCACACACACACGGUGACUUCUCUUGAUCUGGCGGCCAACAGGAAAACUAAAGAAGAGCGAGACAGGCUAAUUCUGCAGGAGCAUCACGAACAGAGAGCUCGAGACGCCUGCAGUCUGAUCUCAGACCUGCUCAACACGCCGCUCCAUCAGCACACACCAGCCCAGCACGCACUCAGGAGCAGUAGUCAGCCUUCUGGGAAGCAGAAGAGAUUGUCAAGGAGUCCGAGCGGCGCACACACACUGGGAAAGACUGUUGUUCUUCAGAGGAAACCUGCGGUGAAACCCCACGGCUCACUGAGCGGCAGACUCGGCCUGCACAGACCAGCCAGUGCUCUGCCUGCAGAUCGGCUCUCUCAGGUCACUCGCCGCGGGAUGCUGAGCGACAACAGAAACAGGCAGAACAGGAGCGUUCAGCACAAGAUGAGCAGUAAUGUGCAGUCGUCCUCAGUGAAGCAGGAUCAGCAGACGGGUGUUGAAGAUACUGAUGAACUGAACACUGAGAGUGUGUGGAGUCCUGCAGAUCAAGAGCACAGGAUCCUCAUGCUGGACCCGCAGCACAACACACCGGAUCUACUGGAUCUGGACGAUCUCUCUCCGCUGAGCGCAGGCAGUGUGUUGAGUCGGCUGGACUGGGCUGAAAUAGAGCGCUUGGUGGCGGACGAACAACAGCAGGACUGAAGCUUCUUCUGCCUCCAGAUGUUGCACAGCUGCAGAUCUACACUGUGAAGGAUUGUGGGAUUUGUGUAUGACUGGAGCGUUUGUGUUGUCGGCACAGAUUCCAGCAGAAUAAACAGGGAUGGCUUUAAUGACUCUUCUCUGGAUAUAGAACUGUUUACUUUAAUAUGAUUAUCUGUAAAUAAAAGCGUCUUUCUGAGACUCGCUGUUGAAAAUCCUUUAAUAAAAUGUC